AUGUCUAGCGGCGCAGGCCGUGGCUCAAACACAGCAGCGGCCGAGCCACGUGCGGCUCUACGAGUCGUUUCUCCCCUCCAGGUUGGCGCAAUCGCUAUACGCCCAGCCGCACUACGAGAGAUUCUUCAUUGGCGGCAACAACGCCAGCGACGAGUACAUUUGUGCUGUUCCGCAGGCCGCGGAAGUGGAGGUGCUCGAGCCGCCGAAGCAAAACGACGCGGAGAUUCUCAAGGGCGCCGCCGACUUGAUCCGCCUGGCGUUUGGGCCAAACCAGUGUGUGUGGGCCUACGAGCUUCGGGGCAUGUACUGGACAUAUGCGUUCUGCCCGGGCGACAAGAUCAUCCAGUUCCACGAGGCCGUGCCGCCACGCGAGCAGCUGCCCAAGGACAGGGCCGAGGGCCGGCACAGGCCCGAGAAUCCCAGCACGGUGUUCGUGUUGGGCCGGUUUUCGCCCGCGUCCAAGGACAAGUUUCUGUUUGA